CUCGGCAGGGACCAUCCCUGGGCCCCGCAGUCGCUCACAAAGAUCCCUCCAUAUUCGCAGAGGACUGUGUACGAGGGUUUUUUUUUUUCCUUCUCCUUUCAAAGCCAUUGCUCAGCAAAAUGGGCCUGAGCUCUUCCAAGGCACACCCCAAGGUGACCAAGGUGGCACCCAUGCGUGCCAGGGAGGACCUGCCUGCCCUCGCCACCCCGUACCGGCUCCCUGGCGUGCUGGGACAGCCCACCCUGCACCCACCAGCUGCGGCGGAGUGGGGAAAACCCACCUUCCACCAGCAACUUCCACCUCUCCGGGAGACCUGGUACGGGAGAGCCUCUGCAGGACCCCUUUCUUUCAACACCGUGCCAGAAAAGGGAGAAACCAGCAUCAUUAAACAGCAUCCACCUCGCAGACCUCAAAGGCUUGAACCUGCUGGCCCUCCACAAGCAAUCACUCCUGCAGAGCCCUGGAGUCAGCAAGAGGUGGCUGCAAGCCCAAAAACGAAGGCUCUGGAGAAGAGGGGGCAAAGCCUGAGACACCUCCCUGGCAGGCGGCAGCACUUGCACAAGCUGCAGAUGCUGGACUUGACCCGCAGGCGCCGAGAGGCAGAGCUGAAGCGAAAUCUCCACAGGGAGGCAAAAAUUAAUAAACAAAAAAUCAAGGAAUUCAGCCCAAAGAAAGUCCUUGACACACUCCAGAGAGGCGACAGCGCUGAAAGCCAAGACCUCGUCCCUGCUGAGCACAAUCAGCGUUUUCAUGGAGACAACUGUGGAAACACGUGGGGUGGAGGACUCUCCAGGCAGCACGAUGGGGCUGAACUCUCUCCAGGCAGGAGCAGGAAGGUGGACCUGUGGUUCUGCAGGGAGCCGCGGACGAGGGAUCUGUUCUGGGACACCUCCAGCACAGGCUCCGAGGAGUGGGAAAGGGAGGAGAAGACUUACCGCAAACCUACGCUUGUGAGAACCAAGACGGAGAGAGUUUCACUCUUUGAUGACUUCUUUGAUAAGGAUUUCUAGUUGCAUGGCUUGGGGUGAGAGGGACGUGCUGAAGAAACAAGGCACAGCUCUGGUGGGGUUGAACCCCCCCCCCCCCACGAUGGAUGGGGUGAGGCUGGAGACACCAUGUUCGCAGUAAGUGGCAUUUCUGGGAGUACGGGCUGGUGGAAAGGACACCUGGAAGUGAGGAGAUCACUGAUGCGGAGUGAAUAAUGACUGCCUGGGUUAUGUGGCUGAAUCAAAAUAUCUGGGAAAAAAAAUGGCUUGGACGAAGCAACAAUGAAGUGGGGAUAGAGGGAGGAGGAGAAGGCUGGCAAAAAAGCCAAGCAGAAGCUGGAAAAUAUUCUGAGUUAACCCCAAAUAUUAAGUUCCAACUGAAAUGAAAUGUUUUUCUUGCUUUUGGGCUACUCAAUCUUUCUGUUUAGCUUGUUUUUAACUUUAUCUCCUUUCCUAAACCAUAAAACCCUAGUUCAAACUGCAAGGUAAAAUGACUCAUUUAGGAAUUCUUUAAAAUAGAUAAUCUGUCAUUUCUAAAAUCCCUUUUUGACCUUUUUUUGGAAUUCCCUCUCCUUCCCUGUCCUGAACACGGUAAUACAUAUACUUUCUUCAGUACUAACCCCCAAUUUUACGGAUAGUCUUCUGGAAAAGCUGUCUUUUGUUCACUUGUUUUCUCUGUUCAGGGUUCAGCGCUGCACAGAGAGUGGUGGGAACUGAGGGAUCUCCAGCACCUCCUGCAGACACAUACCCCAGUGCUGCCGGUCAAGGCUGCUGCAUCCACUGAGAAUUUGAACAAAAACUGCCCUGUUGUAACCUGAAAAUUGUUAUAUCAAAGAGAUCCUUGCAGUUUCCAUCUCUCCUAAAAGCGUGUCUACAGGCUCCAUGGAGAAAACUGCCCGUUGGAGAGGGCCCACAUGCCGUCUGCGAUUUCACUGAAAAGCCAAAAACACAAACCCCAACACAGAGAAGGAGGAAGAAGAGAACAGAUUUUAAUGAGAAAGGAGAGCUGCUCAUGGCUAACGAGUCCAUGUCUGGGGUCUGUGUGUUUUAAAAAUGCCCCUGAGAACUUUGCAGAUAAACACGGUCAUCGUGUGCGAGCUGGAAGUAUCGUGAGAGCUUUGAAUUUGACGUUGAGGGUAUGCUGAAAAGGUCAAUGAUCUAAUGGUCUGGAACAAUUAAUCUGGCACUUGUCUAUACACCUGUCUGUCCUCUUAAUGAUGUGACACAUCUCCCUUCUGUGUUCCCAUCUGUCAACAAUUAAGCUAUAAUUGGUGGAAAUGCAAUUUAUCUCAGAUAGAGCUGAUUAGUUUUCCAAUAAUCGUGUUGCCAGCACUGGGGAAGAGCACUGCCCACGGAGAAGAGCGGUUGGAUCAGUCGAUCCAUAUCACCGACUGUGCAGAGAAGAGACUCUGAGCAUUAAUUUAUCAUUUUACAGCGUGCAAAAUUUGCUCUUAUGGAAGCGAAAAAACCAGCAAACCCGCUUUCUGCUUCUGGUGCUCAAAAUUGUUUGACUGUGCUGCUCUCGAUUGUAUUAAUUCAUCGUAACCUGUGGAGAGGCAGACGGCAACUCAUCCUCUUAUGGUUUCCAACACCCUUCCAGAGGCUGGAAAUGAAAAUGUUUCCUCUAUUACUAAAGGCGAAAUUUAGGCUUUUCUACAAAUUACAGAAGACGGGAAAACAAACCCACAAUAUGUGUGCUGCAGCUCAGCACGGAAGACUUUACAGAGCUGUUUUGCUCUGAAUGGCUCCCGAUUCCAAAUGCUGGGUAUUAGCUCAUCCUUUGAAGGCUGAGUCAUUACAGCCAACGAUGGAGAGGGUGAAACUUGCCACUCCACAUAACCGAGCACGCACAGCUUCAGUCCACGUCACGCACCACAGAACCCAGUGUCCCCUCGCCUUCACCCCAGCGUGCCUCCCCGGGGAUGGGAGGCGGGACCACGGCCGCAUCCCGGCUGGCAGGCAGGGAUGCAGGAUGGGUCCUAAAGGACAACGAUGAGGAAACCUGCACGGGGCUUGAUUUUGGUGGUGCGGAGCAAUGCAUAGUCAGAGGAGGAAGAGCCAAGAGGGGAGAUUUCAGGGCAGGGGAGUAGAGCGGGACUUCUCUGACCUAAUUCUGACUACCUAAGGGCUGUGAAGCUGAUAUAAAACAGUCACCUACUCUGUUCAUAGCUGAGAGCUAUCUCCAGGGGGUGAUGUUUCCCUGGAGGUCUCUCCUGGGAUGGGGCAGUUACCUGCUAGCUAAAAGGGUGUUUCUGUAUCCCACACCAGCCACCCAGCUAUGAGGCAAGGCUGGACCCAUCCUAUGGGUUAAACAUGUCCCCUCAUAAGAGCUGUGCUGAGGCAGAGGGUGCUCAGCCCAGAUGCAGCACCUUCAGAGAAUUCACACUGCCAGUUUUCACCAAAAUGAUGGAGAAGGGAGGUUUUAUGCCAUUAAUGAUGUGGCUGCGGGUGUCAGCAAAUGGCACAGCACCAAAGAAAGGGGAGACGUGGGCCAGAUACAUCCCUGCCCCCAAGCACAAGGACAUUUGAUCUUCCCGGCGGAGUAGUUACAGGAUGUUUUUGUUGGUGGUAUGAACAUGGACAGAGUAACCCAAGUUCCUCCAGCUCAGGAUUAGCUGAACCGGUUUUGCCGAAAUGUUAAAACAAAAUGAUAAUGCUCGGCCUGAAGCAGACGAGUCACCACCAGUGGGUGGUGGGGAGCUGGCGGGGGGAGGAGUCACCACCAGUGGUUAACGUCUGGCAAAAUCAUCAGCAAUUAAAAGUACAACUUACAAGAGGAAAUGUUGACAAACCUUACCUCUGUGUUUAAAAAAGCAGAAAGGUAUUUCAGUGACCUUGCAGCCAGGGUUGCUGUGAUAUCCUUGUUAUUGUUCCUAAGCAGAAAAAUGCUUUACUUACACUUAGUAAAGAGAGGUGUUAAGUAAAUAAAGUUGAACAAAGCCACACUGUAACUGGAUCUCAUUGAGCUGUCUGGAUUAACGUGAUUUUCUGACCUUCCUGGGCUCUGUCCCACCUGGUGCUCAGAGUAUUCGGCCUCCUCAGGAAUGCAAGUUUUCAGCAUCGUAGAGCAUCCUCCCUUCCCCAGCACGUGCACUCAUUCAAAGGCAGAAAAAACCCCACCAUCAAAGGCACGGGGAUAUAUCCACUAACCCUAUUAAAGCCUUCAUCUGCCAUGUCUCACUGGAAGGUGUGUGACAGGCAACUGGGAUAGCUUCAAUCUGCUUACACAAAGCCGCGGGAGAAAAGCACCCAAGAACAUCGACUGGAGCAGCUCCGUUUCAGACUGUACACAAAGAUUAAAGUAUUAUCAUCGGCUUGAAAAAUAUCAACCCUGGCACAUUUUGGUUUGUCUAACUAGGUAUCCUCAACCUGUGCUGCGACAGCACAGCCCUAAACCUGUUGUUCUCCAAUGCUGGGAACAGUGAUUAAGCCCUUAUGGUUUCCACCUUUCUUCAAAUAGUUCCCGAGCAAGGUCAGGAGAUGGCACAAGGGUCCCCUGAUGAAAUAAGAGGAGAGAGACGCAGCUCCUGUUUCUCUCCUGAGCCUCUUUACCUGCUCCCUGUAUGAGAUGUUGCCCUUUCUGGGAUGUCCUCUCCCUCCCAGUAGUGCUGGUGCAGGGAUCCAGGGGGAAACACGAUCCACCUCCACCCAUGGGACAGAGCUGCCCACAGAUACCUCCCGCUCCUGCAGGAGUAGGAAAAAUAUUUCUUGCUUAGCACAAGGGUUGUAGCUUUUUGCCACCUACUGACAUGUUGUGGGAACGGCUCAUCCUGUGAAUUCCUGCAGAAAGGCUUAAUUGCGCGCUGGCUCUGGCUGAUAGUGCAUCCAGCAUCCGCUGAGCCGUCCGCAAAAAUAAAAGCGAGAGUAAAUACGGCACUUGGCACGCAGAGAGGAGACCAAUAUGUAUUUGAUCCUUGCUAUAGUUCCCUCCUUGCCCUAUCCUUUGAGCUCUUCUUGCUUCAUCCUUCCACAUGAAAAGAGAAAAAUCGGGGAGAAAUCAGAGAAUUCAUGGGAGAAAUCAGGCGUCUUGCUUGUAAAUCAAAGCCUCGGCUUUUUCUUCUUCUGUCUUUCCCCACUUCAUCUAUUUUUUUUUCCCCCUUCAUCUCCCCCUAAAGUCUGUGCCUGGCUUUGGCCUUUGCCCAAGGGGCCUUCUUUCUUCCAUAGCUCCACUGAGGGCUUCUGCUCAGAGGAGAGAAGGUCUCUGCAGGACCCCACGCAUUGCUUAAGCUUCGUUUAAAUCCUAUUUUGGAGGCUUAAGCAAUGCCCAAAGCUAACAGCGCUAACUCAUUGCUCGGGGUGGACUUCAGCCUUCGGGAGGGAGCCGAGGGCACGCAUUCGUGUCUCCUGCCAGAGAUGCUGAAUGAGGUGCCGUCUCUGCAGCCGCAGUUCUGAGGCGGCUCUCGUCCCCUUGUGGAGUUUCAGUGAAGCUCCGCUGGGGCAUCCUUCAUCCGCUCGGAGCUUCUCCCAUCCUGGGCCAUGCAGCUUUCCUUCUCCUUCGCCUCCGUCAGCAGCCAGCUUUGCCAACGCACACCCUCAGUGAUGGGGGAGAGCAAAACCCUGUUGGGUUGCUGAUCCAGCCUCAAAUUUCCCCGUUCCCCCUAGGACACAGCAGAUACCCGUGCUGGCAUCAGCUGGUGGUCCUGGCAGACGGCAAACGACCCGUUUAAUCAAACCAGGCUUUAUGCAGCAAACGAUUUAACAUCCAAAAUUACUUUAUUAACUUGGUACUCAAUUAAAAUGCCGGACGACGACUGUUCUGGGUGAAAAGAGGAGCAAGAAAGUGCCAGUUUUGCUGUCACCCCUUGCAGAAACACACCUUUCAUUAAAUGCUGCGGACCAAGGACUUGCCUCUUGCUAGUAAUCGCUUGAUGCCAGUUACAAUCGCCACCCGAAAGCCAUCAGCGUGGCUCACGGCUCAUGUCUGCACCGCAAAAGAAGACUAAGCUUAAAAGCCAGGCGGCCCUUCUAUUUAACACACAAAUCACCUCCUUCAGUUUAGCCGAGCUGACCCAAAAAUACAGCUUUUUGCCACACAAAGCCUCCCUUGUGAGGCUUGCUGGAGCUGAUUUUUCUUGCAGUGCUCCUCUGUCUUGAGAAAAAGCUACCGAAGCUUCAUUUCACUCCGUGGCGCUAUACAGGGACUGAGAGCCCAUUACUGCUACAGCGUGAUGGGGACUGAUAAAAUAACACACUUAAAUUUUUUUUUUAUAAGGUCAGAUGAAGAAUUAGCAUAUAGCACUGACACGGUUCUGGAUGUAUUUCCAAACUUGAUACUUAAAGAAAUAGAUAUUAUUAUGAGCAAAAUCAGUUUUGUUCAAACUGUGUUUGUAGGUCUUUGCAAAAUGUAUUUUUAAAAUUGCACUUUUCCGUAAGAACUGGCCACUCUUGAAAAAAAAACCAAAACCAAAACCAAAACAAGCUGAAGAGCAGGAUUUUGGUUUGGGUUUGUUUUUUCUCUGGUUUUGAUUUAUUGAAAUCCCACUUUUCAGCCACAACAAGUUAUUGUCGCUAUUUUUGUAAAGCUAAUUAGUAACACUGAUCUAGCUAGAUGUUACUAAAAAUAAUCACAAAAAUGCAGAAGAAAGUAUUGUGCUCAAGCUAGAGCAGAAAAAAACCCAGGAUCUUCGAUCUCUAAAACCAAUUUUUGCAGUAACCCUUGCUUUCAACCUUUAUUUUGAAUGUUCUUAUUCCCAAGGCUCUCCGGGUCUGCUUCGCUGUUGCGAGCAGAAGGACUGGAAGUGGCCAUAAAGCAAAAAAAAAAAGAUUAAAAUCUUCCUGCAGACCCUAAAUCUUUUU